AUGCCCGACAACUCCCAAGCACCUGCCGAGCAGGCAGCUGAGGCCGUCGCCAACCUGCACCUCGACGACGUUACUGGAGAGAUGAUCUCCAAGACCGAGCUCAAGAAGCGUAAGAAGGCCCGCGAGAGGGAGGAUGCCAAGAAGCAGAAGGAGGCGGCCAAGGGCCCUGCCCAGGAGAGCAAGAAGUCUGCCGAGGCCAAGGAGAAGGACCUCUCCCCCAACCAGUACUUCGAGAUCAGGUCGAGAGUGGUCAGCGACCUCCACGCCCAGGGCAAGGCCUACCCCCACAAGUUCAAUGUCGACUAUGACAUCCGCAACUUCGUCAAGGACUUCUCCCACCUCAAGAACGGUGAGAGCGACAAGAGCAAGGCGAUCCAGCUGGCUGGUCGUGUCUAUGUCCGCCGUUCCGCCGGUAGCAAGCUCUUCUUCUACGACCUUCGAAACGAGGGCACCAGGCUCCAGGUUCUUGCCCAGGCUGAUUUCGCCGACAACAAGGCUCCUCCCUUCGAGGAGCAGCACGUGAACCUUCGCCGCGGAGACAUCAUCGGUAUUCGUGGUUUCCCAACCCGUACCAACCCCGCCAAGAAGCAGGGUGAGGGUGAAUUCUCCGGUGAACUGUCCAUCGGUGCUAUUGAAGUCACCCUCCUGUCUCCUUGCUUGCACCAGAUUCCCGAUGACUUCUAUGGCUUCAAGAACUCUGAGCAGCGUUUCCGCCAGCGCUACCUGGAUCUCAUAAUGAACGACAAGGCCCGCAAUGUCCUCAUCACCCGUGCCAAGGUUGACACCUACAUCCGGAGAUGGUUCGAUGACCGUGACUUCGUUGCUGUCCAAACCCCCAUGCUCAACACCAUUGCCGGUGGUGCUACCGCCAGGCCCUUCAUUACCCACCACAACGAGCUGAACAUGGACAUGUUCUUGCGUAUUGCCCCUGAGCUCUACCUCAAGAUGCUUACUGUUGGUGGUCUUAACCGUGUGUACGAAAUCGGACGUCAGUUCCGUAACGAGGGCAUGGAUCUUACUCACAACCCAGAGUUCACUACCCUUGAAUUCUAUAUGGCUUAUGCCGAUAUGUUUGAUCUCAUGACCAUGGCCGAGGAGCUUGUCUCUGGCCUCGUCAAGCACAUCCACGGCAGCUACGAGACUAGCUACCACACUGCCAAGGGUGAGGAGAUCAAGAUCAACUGGGCGGCUCCCUGGAAGCGCAUCGACAUGAUUCCCACUCUUGAGGAGCUCACAGGAGAGAAGUUCCCUCCCGCAGAGGACCUCCACACCGCUGAGUCUGGCGACUUCUUCAAGAAGGUCCUCAAGAAGACUGGCGUUGAGUGCAGCGCUCCCCUGACCAACGCUCGUAUGCUCGACGCUCUCGUUGGCCACUUCCUUGAGUCACAGGCUACCAACCCCACCUUCAUCGUUGGCCACCCCCAGAUGAUGUCGCCUCUGGCUAAGCAGUCUCGCUCCAACCCUGGCCUUUGCGAGCGAUUCGAAGUUUUCGUUGCUACCAAGGAGAUCAUCAAUGCCUACACUGAGUUGAAUGUUGCCUCUGAGCAGCGCCUGCGCUUCGAGGAGCAGGCCAACCAGAAGGCCCAGGGUGACGACGAGGCCCAGGGCGUUGACGAGACCUUCUGCAGGGCUCUCGAGCACGGUCUGCCCCCUACCGGUGGAUUUGGAAUGGGUAUCGACCGUCUCAUCAUGUUCUUGACCGACAACUGGAGCAUUAGAGAAGUCUUGGCCUUCCCUACCAUGAAGCCCGAGCAAGAUAACUAG